ACCUCCUGCGUUAAGAGUACCUCGAGUCCCUCCUCUCCGACUCUCUUCUGUGAACUAAGAAUUCAUCGUCUCCGGUCUCGUCUCUCCUACCUGUUAUUCCUGGUGAUUGGCAUUCCAAAUUCUCGUUAAUAUAUUCUAAACUGUUAAGCGGUCAGAUGGGGGUAAAAAGAGACAAUGAAACUCUCAGCAACGUAACUCCUGCUAUCGAACAGGAGAAUAUGGCAGAGAUGGAUAUGAAAGUUAAAAAGUACCUUAGAGGCGACGGUGCUAAUUUGGAGGCUUUACAAGAUAAAAAGUUAAAAGGUCAGCUGGCUGUUAGGGAAGAGUUAUAUGGGAGAUCUGCAAAAGCAGCUGCCAAGGCUGAGAAGUGGCUUAUGCCAAGUGAAGGGGGUUAUUUGGAGGCUGAAGGUAUAGAGAAGACAUGGAGAAUCAAGCAGGAGUCAAUUGCUCGUGAAGUAGAUAUCUUGAGUUCGAGGAAUCAGUAUGAUAUUGUCUUGCCAGAGCUUGGUCCGUACACUUUGGAUUUCACCUCAAGUGGUCGGUAUAUGGCAGUAGCUGGACGAAAGGGCCAUCUGGCCAUCAUAGACAUGAAAAAUAUGGGCCUUAUGAAAGAACUUCAGGUACCUGUGCACUUCGUGGACAUGUUUUCAAAAUGUCUUGGUUUACCUUCAUUGCAUCAGCACGUGAAACAGCACUGGAUUCCACCAAAGUUUUGUUCGUGCUGUUUGGUUGUUGAACUAGUUAGGGAAACAGUGCGUGAUGUGGUGUUCUUGCACAAUGAACUGUUCUUUGCUGCUGCCCAGAAGAAUGUGAGGAUUUUUGACCUUAUUGCAAGCCGAUUUCCCUUCUUACUUGCUGUUGUUCAGGAGAAACACUAUGAGGGGGUGAAUGGGAAGUGA